AUGGAUGAACACGAGAUCGGGGUCGGUGAUGUUAUGGAGGUUGAUACGGCGGUUUCUCGUGGAAUAGUGGAGGAUCAACGAUUAACUAAACGGAGGAGACUAGAGGUGCAGGGUGGCCGGAAGUUGUCUCCGGUGGUGGCGGAGAAUACGGGGAGUGAGUUGCGGGAUGUGCCUGUGGGAUUGGCGCCGGAUUUGAGGGCAGCUUUAAUUACGGUACCAAUUACGGAGGCUGCUUUUAGGAAGAAGAUCGAGUCUUUAUUACCAUUGCAGUCUAGUGAUUCUCUUGAUCCGGAAUCAGUGCAGUUGCCUUCUAAGGAGGUGAACGGGAGUAUUUCUAAUUUGAAUUUAAAACAGCGGGAGUCUGAUGCACUUUUUUUGGAAGCGGGCUUGGGGAAGACUAGGUUGACUGUAAAAUCCUUGGUUGUUGGGCCCAUGCAGGAUAAAUGGGCUGAUGUUGUCCUCUCUCCUACUGUGGUCCAUGCACACGGGAUUGAUAUGGAUAAGGGGGGUAAAAAGAAAAAAGCUGAUAAGUCCCAUGCAUCCCAUGCACGUAAAGGAAAGGUUGCUAGAACAGGUUUUGCAGUACGUAAGGUGGUGGUUAGUUCUUGUUCUCCAACGAUGAGUGGUGGGCUUAAAGGGCUUAAAGGGUUGAUUUCCCUGAUUCAUCCCAAUUUAGUUUUCUUGUCUGAAACAAAAUGUACAGUUGCUGAAAUGGUUGAGAUAAAGGUACAGCUCGGGUGGCGUAAUGCUUUUGCUGUUCCCUGUAAGUUCAAGCAGAAGAAGAAUGGUAAGGGGGAUAUUGUCUUCCAUGGGAGUUGCUUUACCUGGAGAGGGAAACGUGGAGGGGAGGAGAUAAGGAUAAGGUUGGAUCGUUUUUUAGCCUCCAGAAGUUGGAUUGAUCUUUUCCCUGUUUCUAGGGUUGUUCACCAACUUCCUAAUAAGUCGGAUCAUCUACCUAUUGUUUUGGAGGCCCGUGUUUGUAGACCUAGGAAGAAACAGAAGAAGAAGAAAAAGGUGUUUCGGUUUGAGGAGCUAUGGCUCAGAGAUGAGGAGUGUAGUCAAAUGGUAAAGUUGGGGUGGAGACAUGAUAGUGGAACUGAUCCCUUCACAAUUGUUUGUAACAAGAUUAAGCAAACCCGGCUAUUACUCAUUGAAUGGAGUGAAACUAAAUUUGGGGCUUUGUGCAGGGAUAUUGUUGCCAUUAGGGAGAAAUUGUCACUCUUUUAUGAUUCUUCCCUUUCAUCUCCCCCUGAUGAGAUACGAGUGGAAUUAGAAACAAAGCUCAAUGAUCUGUUGAAGCAGGAACAAGACUUUUGGAGGCAGCGGUCUAAAGUAUUUUGGCUCUCUGAUGGGGACUUCAAUACACGUUUCUUCCACCAGCGUGCCAGCAAUCGAAGGAAGAAGAAUAGAAUAAAAGGGCUUUUUAAUGAGGAUGGUUUGUGGUGUACUGAUGAUGGGGAGAUUGAAUCUAUUAUUUUGAAUUAUUUCCAAACUCUCUUCACUACUUCACAACCUCGAGGAAUGGAUGUUGUCGCUUCUUUGCUGCCUACUUGUGUCUCUGAUGACAUGAAUGCUUUGCUCACUUGUGAUGUUACAGAGAAUGAGGUUUUCAAAGCACUGAAACAAAUGCAUCCGGCUAAGGCACCUGGCCCGGAUGGCUUUGCGCCUUGCUUCUACCAGCAUUUCUGGCCUUUAGUGGGAGGGGACGUUACCAGGGCUGUCCGUUGUUUUUUGGAGUCUGAUGAUAUGAUGAAGCAGGUAAAUGGUACGAAUGUUACUUUAAUCCCUAAAGUGAAAGAUCUGGAGAGCAUUAGUCAGCUUCGACCAAUCAGUCUAUGUAAUGUCCUCUACAAGCUUGGGUCUAAGGUUCUCGCUAACAGGAUCAAGCCGCUUUUGAAUGGUAUGAUCUCCCCAUUUCAAAGUGCGUUUGUCCCGGGAAGGUUGAUUUCUGACAACUCAUUGACGGCCUUUGAAAUAGCCCAUUUCUUGAAAAAUCGAAGACGUGGACAUGUUGGUUUUGGAGCUCUGAAGCUUGAUAUGAGCAAGGCAUAUGAUCGGGUUGAAUGGAGUUUUCUGAAAGCAGUUCUUUUACAGCUUGGCUUCAGUCCUAUCUGGGUUACUUGGGUGAUGAGAUGUAUUACUACUAUGUCUUAUUCUUUUGUUAUCAAUGGGACUCCAAGAGGAAGAAUUGUACCUUCUAGAGGAUUAAGACAGGGUGCUCCUCCUAUUUCUCACCUCUUCUUCGCUGAUGACUCCUUUAUUUUUUUCAAAGCAGAAAUGGAAGAGUGUCUAGUGUUGAAGAAUAUUUUCAAGAAGUAUGAGGAGGCAUCUGGGCAGUGUAUUAAUUUUCAGAAGAGUUCAGUGGCUUUCAGUAAGAACGUGGACAGGGCUAAGCAAGAUGUUCUGGCCGCAAGUUUGGAUGUUGAGCGGGUUGAUAAACAUGACAAAUAUCUUGGCCUCCCCAUUGAAAUUAGUUAUUCAAAGUCUGAGGCUGUUGAUUACUUAACAGAAAGGGUCCGCAAGCGUACAAGAGGAUGGAGAGAGAAGAUGUUGAGUGCUGCAAGGAAGGAAAUUAUGAUCAAGGCUGUUACUCAGUCUAUCCCUACUUACGUAAUGAGUUGCUUUGAGUUACCGCAACACUUGUGCCAGGAGAUGCAUAGCUUAAUGGCUAAAUUCUGGUGGGGGGACAAGUUGAAUGAUAGGAAAAUCCAUUGGCUAGCUUGGGAGAAGCUUUGUUUGCCUAAGACAGAAGGGGGAUUAGGGUUUCAGAAUAUGGUUCUAUUUAAUCAGGCGUUGCUUGCUAAGCAAGGGUGGAGAAUCAUACAAAACCCUACAUCCCUUAUUGCUUCACUCUAUAAAGCAAACUAUUUCCCGGAUUGUAGUUUUUUGGAUGCUGGGUUGGUGGGUGGAGCUUCAUAUGCCUGGAGGAGUAUCAUGCAUGGACGAGAAUUGCUGAAGAAAGGGCUACGGUUCCAGGUUGGUAAUGGUUCUAAUAUUUCGGUUUGGUCUGAUCCGUGGAUGCCUCUUCCCUUCAGUUUUAAGCCCUUCACUAGACCCCCGGAUGGAUUAGAGAAUUUACGGGUGGCUGACUUAAUUGAUAGUGAUCUGCAUGAGUGGAAUUUUGCGGUGCUACAGGAGCUAUUUACGCCUUCAGAAGUUGAAAUAAUAGGGCGCAUUCCUCUAAGUACGAGUGGUGCAGAGGACAGAUUAACAUGGUACUAUGACAAGAAGGGUUGUUAUAGUGUUCGUUCUGGCUAUCAUGUGGCUCGGAAUGCAGUUGAUCGAGUAUCUAGGGCGUCUGCAUCUAAUGGUUCUUUUGGGGUCAAUAGUAAAUUCUGGAGAAGACUCUGGCAUGCACGUACACCUCCUAAGGUACGGUCCUUUAUGUGGAGAGUUUUAAAAGGUAUUCUACCUACUAAAGUUGCCCUUGCACGACGUGUCUCUCUCCCACAUAUGAAAUGUGUUCUAUGCAAUAGUUCAGUUGAGGAUGGCAUUCAUCUUUUUAAGGAUUGUGACAUUGCUGGCGGUACUUGGUUGGCUAGUAACUUGGGUGUGCAUGUGAAGAAUGUUCCUGGACGUCAUUUGGAGGAAUGGGUUCUUAAUGUCAUGGAAUUAUUGCAAGGAGGUCAAUUUGAGUUGUUUUGCAUGCUCAUGUGGGUCAUAUGGAUUGAGAGGAACAAUGUCCUUUGGCAGGGCAUGUGCUUCAAUGCUUCUAGCGCAGCACAGUGGGCUUCGAAGUUCCUGGAGGAUUUUCAUAAACAUCAUCCGGUUGGGCUGAAAAAGAACCCAAGGAUUAGAACAAAAUGGGAGCUUCCCCCUCGUGGCCGGCUGAAAAUUAAUGUGGAUGGUAGCUACAGAUCAGAGUUUGGGGAUGGUGGUGUGGGUAUUGUGGUACGUGAUGAGUUUGGUACUUGUAUUGCAGCGAUGACUCGUUAUUUCCCUCAUGUCCUUUCUCCUACGCACAUGGAAGCAGAGGCUUGUAGGGCUGGACUUCUUUUGGCUAUUCACCAAUAUUGGGGUGCCAUUGACCUAGAGAGUGAUUGCUCGCUUGUGGUUGCUGCAUUAGGCAUAUCUUCCGAGAAGCAAAUGGUGUAG